AUGGCAGAAUCAGAAUCAGACGCUUCUAACCCGCUUUACAAUAGAGACCAUGAAGAUUAUUUCUUCUACGGUCGAGAAUUAAUUCCCCAUUUCCCAUACCGGGCCUACCAUCUGAAUGUUCUAGGAUAUUCUUUACCAAAUGGAAGAUUUGAACAGGAUAAGCACCUAUCUCCAUUCUUCCUAUAUAGACUUAGACAGUUUUAUCCAGAGAUCGUUACAAUGGUCUAUUCAUAUAUCAUUGAUGAGCCAUCGAUUGAUCCAGCCGCAGAAAACGAUAUCGAAGAAAGCAGCUUUAUUCCAGAUCCGGUCUUAUUAUCCAGACGACUCAAUGGCUAUCCACACAGCGAUGAUGAAGAAGAAGGUGAACCAAUAACAUCAUAUCCAAUGCCGAUCACUGCUCUGCUGUUCAAAAAGGAAAAACGAGCAGUCUAUGCACCCACGACAGGAAUAGAUACACAGGCCUGGAAAAUUCAAAAUACUAAAGGCUGGAAAGAUCAUAGAAGCACACAACGAAUUCUGGAGAGGAGUGUCUGUAAGAAUCCAUCAGAGGGUACUUAUAGCCAACUGGUCCAAUUCGCCUACUCCUUGGCGCUCCACGAGGGAUUUCAAAUUGGUUACGAUAGUUGCACUUGGUGGUCUCCUGUGAGAAAACGUAGUCUUCUCAAGGGAUUUCUGACGUGGUUUUGGAGCCACUUUGGUAUUUACAUAAAUACGUGUAAUUGGAGUAUGUAUCCAAAGGUAAUGAUCCCAAAAGUUCCAAACUGGCAUCAGGAGAAACGACUUGAGUCAUUCAAUGGGAUUCAAAACAGGAAACUUUACAAUCGUUGGCCUGCAUAUAGACGACUGGAAGCCCCUCAGUUACAAUACUUCUCAAUUAACAACCUUCUACAAUACCAUAGAUUAGAGCACCUUACUCUACGAUUUUCCACCACGACAAUUAAUCUCAAAAGGGGGGCGAUGCACAUGAACAUGCGUCAAUUCAUUACGAGUUUGUCAGAAAAGCGCUGCGGCGCAAAAGGCUGCAAAGGCGACAUCUGCGGGAAAGAAUACUGUGGAGACCACUCAUGGUUUCCCAAUCUUCGCAAUAUCACAUAUCUCAAUAGAAAUCAACAUACGGAAGGCAUUGCAGAGGCUCGUUGUGAUCCAUUGAGAACGGGCUGGUCAAGACGCUUGAUCAAACAUUUUCAAGACGUCAAACUUUCGAAGUCUAUUGAGGUGAUCUUCGAUAUUUAUGGCGGUCCCGAUGAAUUGAGCAGUGAUGAUGACGAUGGAGAGUCCGAUAGCAAUUGGAAUGAGGUUCUCUAUAAGAAAUAUGAUCCUAAAGAAUAUUAUUAUAAGAGUAAUAACACGGAUACGCCUGUUCUUUUGCACAAUCGUCAGUUGGCAGUACAGGAUUGCAUUCGUCUUCUUCUGAUGCCAAAUUCAUUGUUGAAGGGAAAUACGAAUGACUUACCAGAAGAUUUGGGGCUUCAGGAAUUGUUUGAAGAUAUCGUUGUUUGA